UAAUAUAUCACAAGACUCUCUUUUUAUGCUAAUCUUUCUCUCAUCUCUUACACAGUCUCCCAAAAUUUCUACCCAUCAAGAGAGAGACUCACGUCGCCACCUGCUCUUUGUCUGUUCACUCUUUGUUUCAACGGAUUCCAUUGUGAGAGAAAAUGUUGGGAAACUGUGAGAAGAUGGUUGUCAUCUCUCCACCUACUAACGAAUGGCCACAGAAUCAGAUAGAUGAGAAAAGCUUGAUCCCAUCUACAAGUAAACUAAUGGAGAAAAGGGGCCAAGAACUAUCACAACCACAACACCACCAGCAGCAGCAGCCACAGCAAGCUCUCAAGUGUCCCCGCUGUGACUCCUCUAACACCAAGUUCUGUUACUACAAUAACUACAGCUUGUCCCAGCCCAGGCACUUUUGCAAGGCUUGCAAGCGAUACUGGACCAGAGGUGGAACCUUGAGGAAUGUUCCCGUGGGAGGUGGAUGCAGAAAGAACAAGCGUGUGAAGAGGCCUACCACUGCCGUUGAAGGUGCUACUUCAGUCUCUGGUGCUAACCCUAAUCCUACUUCCCAAACGCAAGUCGAUAUUUCUUCAACUUCAAAUCACAUCAAUCCUUUGUUUUAUGGGUUACCCACUAACCCAACUGAGAUAGAUCUCCCAUUUCCUGGAAGGUUCACUUCGAGAAUCUCAUCAAUUGUGGAUACUGUUUCUGGGUAUGAUCUCCAACCUCAGCUGAAUGCUCUUGCUUUAGGGUUUUCAUCAGGAAUCAUGACAAGUGAAGCUAAUGUCUUUAACUCCGCUAAGCAAAUCCAAGAUGUGGUUACUUCAAGUUCACUGCCUCCAAAUUAUUCCAUCUUUGGUUCCUCUUCUUCCACCACAACUUCUCCAACUAUGGCUACUUUGCUUGCCUCUAGCCUUCACCAACAAAAGUUCAGUAUCAAAGAUAUUAGAGCUCCUAACCACUUUCAGACUUUAACACCUUUCGAGGACCUGCAAAUGAGUGGCAAUUUUGAAUCCGGGAUCGCUAUGAAAGAAGUGAAAAUUGAACAAGACAAAAGCAGGUUGGACUGGAAUAUUCCAUGCCAGAACCAGAUAGAGCAAAUUGGCUUCUCAUCAUCAGAUCCCUCGAUUUAUUGGAACGCAGCCACAAGCACUGUCGGUGCAUGGCAUGAUCCAUCGAAUAUUGGGUCCUCCGUCACUUCUCUGAUCUAGCACAAUCAACCGCUAUUUCUUUCAAUUCAUCUCUCUCUCUCUCUCUCUCUCUCUCUCUCUCUCUCUUCUUUUCAAUAAUCUUGGUCUCUUCAGCUUAGGUUUUCGUUUCUUGAUUACUUCUGUUUGAAGUGGAGUUUAUGGAGUGGGAUUGACAUAUCAGAAAAGGUCUAAAAAAGGGUAAAGUUCGGUAUUAAACAAAUUAAAGAUGAGAGGAGCUUGGAUCGGAGAGAUCAUGUCAGCUGCAAGAAAUCGGCCUACUAGUUUUAGUUUCAAGGUUGAAUAAAUUCCUAUUUGCGCUGAGAGGAACCUCGGAUCCUCUUCCAUCUCAUCAAGUACUCAGCUACCACCAUCAUCAUCAUCUACACAGUGUUGAAGAAAGGAUCAACUAUUUGGUGCAGCUUUCUUGUAUCAGUGAGUUGGUCUAAUUAAUUGCUUAAUUUGUACGUAUAUAUGCAUGACAUGUACUCCUUUCUUUCUAAUGUACUUGUUAUUUGGGUUGGGGUUUGGGGGAUAUAUGUUACAAUCCUCUAGAUGGAGGCACUGAUGAAUUUUUGUAUUGCUGCUUUUAGUUUUUGUGUUUUAAUACUUAUUUUUGGGUUUCUGGGGAUAAAAGGAUUGGAUUUGGGUAUAAGUGGUAUAGAAGAAAGGGGGAGAUUUGCAUUAAUGUGGGUAAUUUUGUUUUUGUGGUUAUUAUUGGGUCUUGGUUAGAUCUUGUACGUUCACUUGUUUUUGCACCUCUGAUGUUUGUUGGCAAUUGCAAGGAAAUUAUUAUAUCGUGGUUUUGGAAAA